AUGAUGCUUUACAAAUUUUUAAUAGAUUUGCUUAUUCGUCAUGUACAAAUAAUUGAUAUGCCAAAACGUUUAUUAGAAUUAUGUUCAUAUCAUUCAUGGUGGCCUGAAUUUUUUAAAGAAUGUUUUCAACGUUAUUUUCUUUCAAAUUAUAUAUUCAUAACUGAUCAACAACAAUCAUUAUUUAUAAAUCUUGUUGAUUUAUGUGAACAAAGAUUAUUAACAAUAAAUUCUUCAAAUGAAACAACUAUUUAUUAUAAUCGUUUAUUAGCUAUUCAAUAUAUAUUAUUUAUUAUUAAAUAG